AUGAGCUGCAAUACCGUUGCAUCACUUCACACACAACAACAACACUCUUCAAACACAACAACAGCUGCCAACCAUCCUUCCACUCAACCACAAACUCCCCUCGACAACCACAACAACGUUUGCCUCCGUGAUUUUGAUACCUUCUUUUCGGCCAAUACUUUUUCAGAAUAUUCUGAAACGCCAGAGAACAUUCAAUGCAUUGAGCAACUGAAGCAAGUGUUAAUGCUGAAUGGUUUUAUACAACAACAACAACCAAACAGCAGCCAACUCUGUAGUCAACCUAACCUGAACCUAAUCAAUACAAAUGUGGUGGCAGAUCCAUCUUUCGAUUGGUUCAAUGCCCUUUUUGAUAUCCAAGAAGAAGAAGAUUCCAGUCUUCCUUCCUUUUCGGAUUCGAGUUUUGGUUCAACAACAAGUCAAAAUCAUCAUCCAUCCCUCUCAACAACAAUUCCUCCUGUAAUAAUUACCUCUUCCUCUCCUGUUUCUCCAACUGUGAACAACAAUCCAUCCUCUUUAAGAACAUCCGAAAAGACGGAAAAACAAAUAGAGACACUUUCGAAAGUGUCAAAACCUCAAAAGACGACGAGCAAGAAAAACAAACCUAGGAAAAAUCCAAGACUGAUUUUUGAAAAAGCAUGCAGAGAACAACGACCUCUUGAGUUUGAUGUUGUCACCACGGAAGAAAUGGCUCUCAAAGUGUCAGGAAAUGCCUUAAAACAAAGAGGAAGACCAAAGAAAAAGAAUCGAAAUUCAUCCAUCACCAUACCACAACAAGAUACUCAAUCCUCAAGCAAGAGUCCAUCGUCGUCUGUUCCUGUUCAGUUUGUUUCGAAUUGUUACGAUAAGUGCAGUAAAAUUUUCAAAUAA